AUGGAACCUACGACAGAAAUAAAGGCGACAACGGAUGGCAUGGAAAAAGUCCUUGUGGGCAAUAUCAAAAAGCUUUUCAGGUCCUCCAAGUAUACCGAUGUGACGAUCAGAACCGACGAUGGAGAAUACAAGGUUCACAAACUCGUCUUAUGCGCCCAGUCAGAAUAUUUCAACCGUCUCUUCGAUGGAAAUUGGAGGGAAUCAAAUCAGAAUACCAUCGAACUGAAAGAUGAUAAACCCGAAGCUGUCAAGGCCAUGAUCCACUCCAUGUAUGGGCUAGACUACGCCACCGUCUGCGCAAACGACUCCCCCAGUUUCCACGCAUCGGUGUGCUGCGUCGCGGAUAAAUACUUGAUGGAUGAAUUGAAAACACAGGCUAGAGCAAAAUACGACUUGGCUGUGCGGAAAUGCCUCAUGGAGAUGGGAGACGACGCGGUCCAGUUAAUUGCAACGCUUUACAACGAGCCUUCCGGCUUUGAUUGCGUCCUGCGCGAGCCCGUCACCGAUAUCUGCGCGAGGCAUAUCAGUUUCUUCUUCGCGUUAGAUAGGUUUCGAGCGGCAUUGCAUGACAUACCGGCCUUUGCGAUUGACAUUAUUUCGGCCGCGGCGAGGAAUAGCUCGGUUAGAUGA